GAGGGCGUUAAAGGCCAUGUUCAGAUCGGAGAGAAAAUUCGUCUGCGGAAGUGUCAGUUUUUUUAGUUUGAUUGAUAUAAAGUAUUUUAUAAAGUGUUUUUAUUGAUAAUUUUGUUACCUUUUGAUGAAAUGCAGACUGAUGAAUCUAUUCUAAAUGUAAAAUGGCGGAUCCACAGUUCGAAGAAUUUCGCUUGAUUUUCGAUCAAUUGCCUCAACAUAUUAAAGCUCCUUCUCACUGUUACAGUGAUUGAAAAAAUUGCAUGUAUAUCACUGAAGAUUUAUUUUCUUUUUGAAGAAUGUGAAUUGCACAUGAUAUUGACCUGUUGAUGUCUGAGGAUACGCCACAAGAAGAUGAAAAAGAAAAAUUUACAUUGGAAAAUAAUGCGGAUUCUAAACAAAAUUCCAUGAUCAAUGGAAAUUCACAAAAUGGAGAACGUCGCAGGCGAAGAUUACCUGUGAUCCCUGUUGAUAAAAAACCUCUCAGUAGAUUAUGUCAACAACCUAAAACACUUUCUCAAGAAAUUCAAGAACAGGAGCAAGAAAAUAAUCCAGGACUCUUAUUGCAUCAGAUAUCUCAUAAUUUAUAUUUGCAAGUUGAUACUUCAGGAGGACAAACAAAAACAUCUCUCAGGUAUUAUCAUAAAAAUGGCCAAUCAGAAGAUUCAAGUCCAGAUGAAUUGCAUUUAUUAGCUAGUAGACUAAGUUUAGAUGUUGACAGUGGAAACUCCAGUGCACACAGUCCAGAUGGAGUAAAAUCUACUUCUCCAGUUAAUGGAUGUCUGUCAAAAUCAUCAUCGUCAACAAGCACAUUCAGUUUAACACCAUCUGGUAGUAAACUGCAUCUUCAUGAUGCAACACACAGAGGACUUUAUAAAUUUAUUCCACGCCACACAGAUGAAGUAGAAAUAGACAUUGGUGAUCCUGUAUAUGUACAGAAAGAAGCAGAAGAUUUUUGGUGUGAAGGUAUAAAUUUAAGAACAUCUAAAAGUGGAAUAUUUCCCAGUGCAUACGUUACAGAUAUUGAUUACAAUGAUUUUGGAUCUGAAAAUUCUAGAUCCAAAAAAGAACGAUAUCUAGUUGAUUUUCUUGGAUCCAUUGAAGUAACCUCACAUAAAGGAAAUGAUGUAUUAUGUCAUGCUGUACAGAAAGUUGCCAAAGCCAGAAUGUCAGAAAUGGGAAUAGUCGUCCCUUAUCAGUGCAUUUUGGAAAUCAGUGAUCAAGGACUUCGGAUGGUCGAUCGAAGCAGAUCAGCUCCUAUUCCUGUGCCAAUACACGAUUACUUUUUUAAUCUGAAGAAUGUUACAUUCUGUGGAUAUCAUCCUUUUGAUCAUAGGUAUUUCGGUUUUAUUACUAAACAUCCUUUACACCAGAGAUUUGCAUGCCAUGUAUUUAAAGGAGGAGGUUCUACAAGAGACAUUGCUGAAGCAGUUGGGAGAGCAUUUCAGAGAUUCUACCAGAAAUUUAUUGAAACAAUAUAUCCAACUGAAGAUAUUUACAUAGAAUAAAUCUCAUAAUUUUGCAUUUUGUGUUGUUAGUGUUACGUUGUUGAGAUAUAUCUAUUCUUCUGUAUAACAAACCUAAAAUUUGAAAGGGAAAUCAUGAAGAUUGUCAAGAAUAUCUCACCAUGGAAUUCAAAUAGUCUUAUCUUGGUGCUUCCCUUCUCUAAAACAAUGUCAAAUUUUUACUUUUGAAAUAUUCUGAAAAUUUUAUUAUUCAUAAAACUCUCAAACCUUUUUCUUUUGGCAGAAUGUGAAUUUCAAAUUAUUUAGCAUAGAAAAGGAUAUAAAAUAGUAGAUAAUAAGUUUAUGAAGUGUAUAUAAGUAGAGAAUUAUUAUAUAAUA